AUGGCUACUGCGAGUUUGUAUCAUCCGUACGACACGGGUGACUUGUCGCAUGAGGUGGAUCGGGACGGGGCGGCUCAGCAGGAGGCCGCGGCUGAUGCGGCCGCGCUGCACGAGCGACUCGUGGCCUACGUGCACGCCCUCGCACCCCCCCACGAGGCUCGAUCGGGCGUAUGGGUGGAGCACUCGUACGCGAGAGCGCGGGGGGCGAGCCACGCGCCCUCCUCGCACGUGCGCGUCCUGCUGGCGCCGCGCUCAGAACUGCCUACCGACGUCGUGGACGUGGAGCGCGACGACGCUCCACCUCCUUCUCCGCCGUCCGCCCCCUCGUCACUCUCGCCCCGCGCGUCCCGCGAGCCCUCGCCCGACGACGUCGACGUCGAGGUCGACGAGGAGUGGGAGGCGCGCGUCACGGCGCUCGCACCUAGCGCCGCGCACGCCGCUCUAGCCGAGCACACGCUCGAUACUUUGCGGCGGAUGCGGCUGGCGCGUCUGGCCGGCGGCCGCGCGACCGAAAGCGAGCAUCUCCGAGUCGCGGCGCGACGGAUGCGACACGCGCUCGCCAGAGCCGCGUCUGCGCCGGGGGCGGCCGCGCCCUGGCUUCACGCCACGCUGCUGGCCUACGCACCCCGCGCGGAGCGCCGCCUGUACGACGCGCUGCUGUGCGAGUUGGCGCGCGCCGCGCCCCGCCUGGCGGCGCGCCUCACGGGCGGCCGCGCGCCGCCGCCUCGUCGGGACCCGCUUGCGAGCGUCGGCGCGGCGCUCGGGCCCGAGGGUCCGGGCCCUUGGCUCGUGUGGGUGGGCGCAGGCGGCGAGCGCCAAGACCGGCGCUGGCUGCGGCGUCUGGGCGCGCUGCUGCACGUGCGGGCGCUGGCGGCGCCUGCGUCGGGCCCCUCGGCCCCCGAGGCGUGGUGCGCGGCGGUGGCGAGCUCGAUGCGUACCGCGCUCGCCGACGUCCUCGCUGAGGCGGGCGACCGGUCCGUGAUCCUGGGCGGCUUCGGAGCGGGCGCAUCGCUGUGCGCGGCGUUGGCGGCCAACCUCGCCCCCCCCUCCGUGCGCGGACUGGUGCUGCUGGCGCUGCCGCUACUCACCGCGGAAGGCCCGCGCGACUCGCCCGACGACCUGCUGGCCGAGCUGCGCCUGCCGCUACUUCUGGUGGCGGGCACCGGCGCGGGCGCAUGUCCGCUGGGCGCGCUGCGCGGCCUGGCCCGCGCUCGCGACCCCCCGCACCCCCCGCGCCGCGUCCUCGAGGUGCGCGGCGCCGACGACUCGCUGCGCUUGCCGGCCGCGCUGCGUCUGCGCCGCCGCCUGCCGCAGCACGCUCUCGACGCGGCCGUCGCGGAGGAGUGCGCGCGCUGGGCGCAGGAGACGGCGGAGGGCGGCGCGCCGCGGCCGGCCCGGCGCCGCGCCGCUCCGGACCACGAGGAGUACGCGCACCUGCCCGCCGCCGCCAGGGCGGCGCCGGAGAGCGCGCGCGUGGUGUCGCGCGGCUCGGGCGCCACGCCGCUCGCGCUGCUGCCGCCGCGCCGCGCUCCGCCCCCCGCGCCCGCCGCGCCCCCCGCGCCCGCGCCCGCCGCCCCCCCCCGCGCUGGCCGCCGCCGACAUCAUGCGCCUGCCCAUCGUGUUCGCGGACGACGAGCCGCCCGUGACGGUGACGAGCGGGCGCUACGCGCGCGUGGUGCUGGCGCCGCGCGCGCGCCCGCUCGUGCUGCGCCGCGCGCUGCGCCUGGUGCCGCGCGCCGCCCGCGCCCCCCGCGCCCCCCGCGCCCCCCGCGCCGCCGACCGCUGACCAGAGAUCGUUCGCUUCGGUCGUUCCAUGUUCUGUAUAUAAAUAUGUAA